UCAGUGAUCAAUGAGUGAUCAAUGCCUGAUCAUGUCAUGUGUGUUAUUGUUUUUAAAAACACUCCAAAAGUAACAUUUCAUAUUGUAAUCAGUGUUCUGAUCAUGUUUGAGUCGCAGGUUCAGCUCCUGCUGCAUGUGCGUCCUGCUGAAUAUUUAUUAUGAAUUAAUAGUCUGUUAUUGAUUCGUGACUGCUCCCUCUCCAUCCGGCUGCGCCUCGCAGCGAUCAGGCGCAGUUGUUGGACAGUGUGCGGGUUCAUGAGGCUUCAUGCUGCCCGCUGCUCGGCUUAACAGCACUUAAUCUGUCAUUAGGGAGUUAUUUUCAGACGGAGCAGCAGAGACCGGGUCCCGGCGGAUACUUCACCUCUCCUCUGCUCUCCUCGGAUCAUUCUGCUUCUUUUUCUUUACUUAUUAUUCAACUUUCCAUCUCCUCCAGACAGUACAGCGGUACUAGUGAGCCUCGGCAGUGAGAUGGAGAUGGAGCACUUCGACGACCGGGACAAAGGUCAGAGGCACGGCCGCUCCAGCGCCAAGCUGAACGGGGUGCCGAGCCCGACGCACAGCGCGCACUGCAGCCUGUACCGGACCCGGACCCUGAAGACCCUCACCACGGAGAAGAGAGCCAAAAAGGUCCGCUUCUACCGCAACGGGGACCGGUACUUCAACGGGAUAGUGUACGCCAUCUCCACGGACCGGUUCCGGACCUUUGACGCGCUGCUGGCCGACCUGACCCGCUCCCUGUCCGACAAUGUCAACCUGCCGCAGGGCGUCCGGACCAUCUACACCCUGGACGGAACCAGGAAGAUCAGCAGCAUCGAGCAGCUGGUAGAAGGUGACAGCUACGUGUGCAGCUCCAUCGAAGCGUACAAAAAGUUGGAUUACACGAAAAACGUGAACCCCAACUGGUCGGUGAACGUGAAGGCGUCGGCGGCGUCCUCCCGCGGGCCGCCCUCCCUGGGCAGCGCCAAGGCCGGCGGCCCCGAGAGCCGCGAGAUCAAAGAGUUCAUCCGUCCCAAGCUUGUGACGGUGGUGCGAAGCGGCGUGAAGCCUCGUAAGGCCGUCAGGAUCCUGCUGAACAAGAAGACGGCCCACUCCUACGAGCAGGUCCUCACCGACAUCACGGACGCCAUCAAGCUGGACUCAGGCGUGGUGAAGAAGAUCUACACCCUGGAGGGCAAACUGGUGUCGUGUCUGCAGGACUUCUUCGGCGACGAGGACGUUUUUGUGGCGUGCGGACCGGAGAAGUUCCGCUACCAAGACGACCUGAUGUUGGACGAGAGCGAGUGUCGUAUGAUGAAGGCGGUGACCUACGGGAAGGUGUCGGCCUCGCUGAGCAGAAGCUCUCCAAGAUCCGUCGUCCAGACGCGUCACGUCAAGUCCCCGGUGUCCGUGAACGGGACGCCGGCCAGUCAGCUGUCCACUCCUCAUUCGGGAAAAUCUCCCAGCCCCUCCCCGACCAGCCCGGGCAGCCUCAGCCGACGCCGGGGGUCCCAGGGUUCUUCCACCUCUCUGUCUUCCACUAAAGUGUCCAGCUCUGUGGAGGACGGGGACGGGCCUGUUCCUGAAGCUGAGGUUCUAGUGGACGAGGUUCCAGCGGUGCCGUCCUACAUAUCAGACCGCUACAAGGUGGGACGCAUGUUAGGAGACGGGAACUUUGCAGUGGUGCGGGAAUGUGUGGAACACUCCACGGGACGGGAGUACGCUCUGAAGAUCAUCAACAAGGGCAAAUGCAGAGGCAAGGAGCACAUGAUUCAGAACGAGGUGGCCAUCCUCCGCAGAGUCAAACAUCCAAACAUAGUGCUGCUCAUCGAGGAGGUGGACACUUACAGCGAGCUCUACCUGGUCAUGGAGCUGGUCAAGGGGGGGGAUCUGUUCGACGCCAUCACCUCCGCCAACAGGUACACGGAGAGGGACGCCAGCGGCAUGCUCUACAACCUGGCCAACGCCAUCAAAUACCUCCACAGCCUCAACAUCGUGCACAGAGACAUCAAGCCAGAGAACCUGCUGGUGUAUGAGCAUGGCGAUGGCAGCAAAAGCCUGAAACUGGGAGACUUUGGUCUGGCGACGGUUGUGGACGGACCGCUCUACACCGUCUGCGGCACGCCGACAUAUGUAGCACCGGAGAUCAUCGCAGAAACAGGGUACGGCCUUAAGGUGGACAUCUGGGCUGCUGGAGUCAUCACCUACAUCCUGCUGUGUGGUUUCCCGCCAUUUAGAGGGAGCAGCGACGACCAGGAAGUGCUUUUUGAUCAGAUACUGAUGGGACAGCUAGAGUUCCCCCUGCCCUACUGGGACAACGUGUCAGAGACCGCCAAGGAGCUGAUCCGGUCCAUGCUGGAGGUGGAGGUGGACCAGAGGUACAGCGCGCUGCAGGUGCUGGAGCACCCCUGGGUCACUGACGAGGGUCUCUGUGAGAACGACCACCAGCUGUCGGUAGCAGGGAAGAUAAAGAAACACUUCAACACCAGUCCGAAGGGCAGCGACACCACUGCAGGAGUCUCAGUCAUAUCUUUGGAUGACAGCUUUUCUAUGCAGAGAUCUGGGUCGUUGGAUUUCUACCAGCACCCGGCCAUGUACUGGAUCAGGCCACCUCUCUUGAUAAGGAGGGGCAGGUUCUCAGACGAGGACGCCACCCGGAUGUGAAGCCGCUGCCUCUGCAGACGCCGACAGUAACAACACCGACACCAACAGCAACUCUCCGGGCAGCGCCUCCCAGUUGCCUCCCUGGCCUGCCCGCCGCCCCGCCCUCUCUGACCCCUGACCCCUCCCCCGACCCCAGCCUCCCAUCGGACUCUGAGGACAUCUCCAUCAGCUCCGCCAGCACCGCCUGCUCCCCCAACUCGCCAUUCUAGAGAGGAGGCGCAUGCAGGGGAGGAAGCCAGGAGGGAAAAUCCUCAUCCAGCUCCUCCCUCUAUUCGGAGGAGGAGGAGGAGGAGGAGGAGGAAGAGGAGACAUCUACAGCUGGUGGUGAACAGGGGAAAAAUAUCAGAGAGAACUUUUAACUCCCUUGAAUCCAUCUUUCCAAACCCGAAGGGGAGAUCGAUCAAAGGAGAAAGGAGGGUGGAGAGGUUGGGUGAAAGACUAAAGAGGCAACAAGAAACAGAGAACACGAGUCGGAGGGAAAAGGUGGAACGAGGUGAAAGACUUUUUAUUUCUUUCUUUUCAACAUUCUCUCAUCUGAGCACAUGUUGCAGAGCUCGAGGAGCGAUAAAAGGGCGACAGCAGCGUUUCCCUUCAGUGAUGAUCAGGGCUCGACAUGGAGACUUCCUCAUGGUGGAGCAAUAUGAGAAUAUGGACCAGUGUUCAUGUUUUAUUGAACCUUAUUUAUUCAUUCUUUACUCACUGCAUUCUUUUUAUAUGUAUUUCCCUUUUUCAUGAAGUUGAAAGAGCUUUGUGAAGCAAAAAAACAAUGUGUAGAAGUAGAGCUCAGAGAUGUUGAAGUUAGUGUGAAAAUGAGAGCAACAGUGUAGAGAAAGGGUUUUUUUUUUCUUACAAAUGUGUUAAAUACAGUGUCCAUAGAAAAAAAGACACAUCAAAGACAGCACUUGUGCUAUAAUUCUGUGCUCCACACAGUAUUGGCGUUGCCUUCCUGUAAUGUUGGAUUGCAGUAUUACAGUUUACAUUUUACACGGACUGCUAUUAAGACAAUAAUGGUGCAUUUGAUCCUUUCUUGUAAUUUUGUUAACUGCUUCGUUCAUACACACAAAAUUCAGCAGCAUUCGGGGUGCUUGUGUAGCAAACUCAACAUGUUUUCCUCAAUGCGCACGGUUCCACAAUCAUUCUGAAUUGAUAUCAUAUUAAUCUUGAUAUUUUGUGAUGCUCAUGUUCAACAUAUGAAGCCUUGUUUACAUUUUUUUCCCAAAACUAAAGGCAUAUUUCAUCCACAUAUUCCAGCAGUAAACAAAGGUAUACUUGUUGCAGACUAGGUGUGCCACUUUUAUGGGUUUGGGGAAAUGUUUUAGGUGGUAAAUGUUCACAAUGAGCCGUUUCUGAGGGCUGCCUAUUUGCACAACGUACUGCAGUCUCUGUGCAGUGGAGUAGAGAAACCAGACAGAAACCAGAGAACCAGCAGCACUCUUGAAAACAGUACAGCUAAAAGGAUGGAAGAGGAUUUAUUUCAGCUCUGUACAACCUCAUUCAUGGCUUCAUUUAUUCAGAUGAAAGCAUGACAGACAUACAGUAGCCUAUUCUUAUAUAAAAAAAAAAGGUUUUGUGAUGAAGUAUUGUUUAUAUGUUAUGUAAAUAACAUAAUUUCAUUUAUUUUGAUAGUUCACAAUACAGUAUAUUUAUUUACUAGUAGUAAGUCUAUGAGAACUGUAAAAAAACAACAACAAAAAAACAGUCAUUCAUGUGUAUUAGUCAGUCAGCAAAGAAAAAAAUUAGAGGAGAUCAUCAGGUCGGAAUGAAACAAUACAAAUGAAUUAAAGAAGACUUUUUCGACCUGAAGCUGUACCGCCUUGAUGGAUCUACACAGACAAAGCCAGAGAAGAAGAAAAGACCGCCAUCUUCUUGUUACUGGGAAUGAUGUCACUUCCUGUGCAGAAGCAACCAGUCUUGAUUCCCAGUAACUGAUGUGAGAUAAUAGAGAGGAGAAGCCAGAGGAGUGAGAGAAGUGCAGAGUGAUUUCCUUUUUUUUUAACAGAUGAUCUCCCUGCAGUCGUCACACUUGUCUGUAAGUUUCUGUAUUUAUUCUCAUCAUCACACAUAUACAGUAAUGUGCCGCCAUAUUGACCCAAUCAGUAUGAACUAGUCGUGCUGUUGAAAUCCACUCUUUCCAGCACGUUGGGCACAUGUGGUUUACCAAAGUGCUCUCACUGCUGCACCACAGUAUUACAACCUGUUGCAAUACCAAUACCUGUACCUCUGUUCAACAAUGGUCUAUCAAUAAUAAUAGUAAUAAUUAAAAUAUGUUUCAAAAACAA